AUGGGCGAGCGCUUCACAUACCGCCGCAGGCACCCCUAUGCCACGCGCUCGAACCUCCGCCGCACCAUCCGCACCCCAGGAGGCAAGCUCACAAUCCAGUACAUCGCCAAGAGAGCCAAUGGCGUCAAGUGCGGCAAGUGCCCGCGCAUCCUCCCUGGUGUCCCCGCGCUCCCCGCGCACAAGCUCACGCGCAACCUGAUGUCGCGCAAGCAGAAGAGCGUCACGCGCAUCUACGGCGGCGCCAUCUGCGGGAAAUGCGUGCGCGAGAGAAUCAUCCGCGCAUUCCUGGUGGAGGAGCAGAAGAUCGUAAAGAAGGUGCUCAAGCUGCAGAAGUCCAAGGAGAAAAUUGCCUCCAAGGUCCCCGCUUAA